UUUGGAUAUGUUUACAAAACAUGGAUAACUAUAUUUACAGAAAAUUAAUUUUUAAAAUUAUCAUUUAGUAAGCUGUGGAAUGUCACCUCAGGGAUCAGCCCCGUUCUCUAGUAUUUUAUAUCUGACCAAGAGAAAGAGGCUCUCUGAACACCUGUAUGAACAGAGAGAUGAAACUAAUCAUUCAAACCAUCAAUAUUGUUAUGAAAAUGUUUUCUACCCAUCCCAACGACCUGAAAAAUAUGGAAACUCAGGAUUAUAUAGGAAUCUAGUUUACUUAUCAGAAGAUAGACUAAAAUUUGAAACUUCUGAUGGAGUUGCCCUGGAUGUUGAUGAUGGCUUAAAUAGAGGUUUGAAUUAUUUAUCGCAACACUCACAUCUGAUGAAUCUGGGCGAAAUUGAGGAAUUUUUAAGGAUGCAACGGUAUAAAACUCAGGUUCACGAAAAAGUUCAUGGUAAAGUUGAGGAUAUCGCAAAUUUGUUAGAUUUAAAUGACAUGAAAAACACGGAAGUUUCUUACUCUGAUCCUUUUGAACGUGAUUUGGAACUUUCAGAUAGAUAUGUAGGCCCACUGAACGCCUCAGAGGUUGCUCAUCUUAUAGCUCUUGCUCUAAAGUUGCAGGAAAAUGAAAAAUUAGACUCAGAUUUAGGUAAAAAACUGGAAAUUUCAGCGAGUUCUUGGAAAAAUUUUAAGGUCCCUAAUACUGUACCAGAUGAACACAUAUCUUCACUGUUUAUGAAUAAACCCUAUCAAUGUGAAACCUGUGGUCUUAGAUUUAGCUUGAGUGAUACAAAGAGUAGACAUGAGCUAACACAUAAGCAGAAAGUUGAUAGAUUUUGGCAUCCUCUAGACGGAUGGGUUCAUAUGACUAGUAAGGGUACAACUUCCUCCACGUACACGAGAUCUAUGGUUACAUUGGAAACUUUCAGGAACUUGUUUAGAGCAAUUCCCUUGGAGGAUGAGAAUGUUAAUUGGCUUAAGGGUCUUUUAUUUCCAAAUGACCAUGCGUCAAAGGAUGUUGUCAUGACUGAUGAGUUUCAGCAAACUAAUGUUGAGUUUGAGGAAGAAGAGGUUAGUGGUACUAGUGAUCAUUUGAGUGAUGAGACUACUCUUUGGUCCUGGGGAAUAAUGGAUAACUUGGAUGAACCUAUUUCUAUAAGUUCCACACACCAACAACCUGAGGAUGAGGAUUUUGAUUUAGCUCUAUUUAAUCUGAUGUUGAAGAGUGUUUCAUUUAAUCUUUUAAUGUUAAAUUCUAAAAAACCUGUUUUUGGCACCUUUGGUGAUUUGUCGAAGUUUUUCUGUGUGCUAUGUCAAGACAUUUUGAACUGUCAAUUUGAUGUAAAAUAUAAUAAGUUCGCUUACGUGGAUACUAUUUCUUUCCAGCUGGACCCCAAUGUUAUUUCUAAAGUUUUUAAAGAACAUGUUCUCAUAUCAAACAUUUUAUCUCUUGACGAUCUUGAUAAAUUAUCAGUGUUUGAUUUGCUGAAGAAGAUGGCUUCAAUAAAGGUGGUUUCGCCAGAUACCAAGUCUAAACUUGACUUUGCAAUUACUGACUGGAGUUUUAAGUAUACUAAGGAUCUGCUCGGCAUAAAUAGUUCAAUACCUAAGAUGGAUGAUGUAAAAUACUCUAAUAAAUUAGUUAAGGGUUGGAAAAACCCAUUUAAAGAGAAUGACGGGUCUAGUGCAAGGUCUCUGCUCAUUUCACACACAAGUUGCCUAAAGCUAUUCUUUAAUUCGCACCUUAGGCUUGUGAAGGUAAAGGCGAGUUAUGUAAAGAAUGAAGAGGUAAGGAAGAAACUUAAACUACUUAACUUGGUUUAAUCUCUUACUCGGAUUUAUCUAUCAUAUAAACCCUGACACCGUUGGUGAGCCUGCAGGCCUUGUACUUCUCCCCAAGUGUUACAUUAGCGCCCUUUUUAUAGUACAUGUCGUUAAGUGGCUUUGUAUCUACGUUACAAAACUUUGUCGAGUUGAACCUCAGAAGUGGGCUCGGCUUAAAAGUGUUUGACCACAUUCUGAUAAUUUGAUAAACUGUAUUUGAUAUAUCUUUAACCUUUUCUAUCAUUA